AAUAAAAUAAUACUUCAUCAACCAGUAUAAACGUAGCUCCCCCUCUUCUCCCCUCCCAUUUUCGCUUGCACAAUUGAGGAGGAUGAAGGUGCAGUGCGACGUGUGCGCGGCGGAGGCGGCGUCGGUGUUCUGCUGCGACGACGAGGCCGCGCUCUGCGCCGCCUGCGACCGCCGCGUCCACCGCGCGAACAAGCUCGCCGGCAAGCACCGCCGCUUCUCGCUCCUCCUUCCCUCCUCCCCUCCUUCAUCUUCUUCUUCUUCUUCUUCUUCUUCCUCGCAGUUCCGAGCACCACCGCUCUGUGAUAUAUGCCAGGAGAGGAGGGGACUCCUCUUCUGCCGGGAGGACCGCGCGAUCCUCUGCCGCGACUGCGACGUGCCGAUCCACACCGCCAGCGACCUCGCGAUGCGCCACAGCCGCUUCCUCCUCACCGGCAUCAGGCUCUCUUCGGCCCCGCUCGACGAAUCCGCGAGAAAUAAUGGUGCCUCUACCGCCGAAGACGGCAGAAGCCCGGGCAAAGUUAGCCGAGAAAUAAUGCUCGCGGCGUCGGUGGCGGCGGCAGAGGAAGAGGCGGUGUGCAGCAACAGCAGCAGCAUCUCGGAGUACCUCAUCAAGACGCUCCCCGGCUGGCGCGUCGAGGAGUUUUUGACUGACGACGCCGCCCCCGCUGCCGCCGCUAACCAGUCAUAUCAGGGAGUGGAGAACCAGUACUGUAAUGUGGGUGAAGGAUUCCCUCCUACAUGGGUUCCGCAAGAACAGUUCUUCUACGAAGGCGUCGGGCUGAAGGCGGAGGCGGAGGCGGAGGCGGAGGCGGAGGCGGAGGCGGAGGCGGCGCUGAGAGUGCCGCAGAUGUACAAUGAGUGGAGAGGAGUAGGAGGAGACAAUAAGAGAUCGAGGAAUUGUUUCUCUAACUGGUGAUUGCUUUUUUUUUUUUUUUGGCUGAUUUUAUUUUUUAUUUUUUCUUUUUUCUUUUUUAAUUUUUUAACAAGUGAGAUGCUUGUGCCUUGUAGUAGAUUCUUCUCCUUUUUUCCCUUUUUUUUUUAAAUUUUUCUAAAGGCAUGGGGACUCGUUCUCUUUUGCACUUUCAUUAAAAUCUAU